AUGAAACUUCAAUGGGCCGGCCUUAUCCUCGGGGCUUCCAUUGGGGGAGUCAAUGGUAUGGCUGAAUACAUGGCCCAAGCAAUGAGGGGAGAGCGUGUUUCCGGCUUCGGAAAAGCUGACAAGCCUUCUUGGACCCCGGAGUUCAAAGACGAGUCUCCUCCAUACCAAGGCUAUCGAAUCCCCCGUCAAGAUUGGACCUUGACGUGCAGUAGCUCUGUUCGCGGCUACCCAUGCAAGUAUGCGAUCGAUGGCAAAAACACCACUUCUUGGCGUAGUGAGCCUUCCGAAAAGGGACACACUUUUAUUGUCGAUCUCGGGGCGUGGUACCAAGUUGGCGCCGUCGUUGUUCUCCCUCCCCAAGACACGGGGAUGGAAGGCCUUAUCACCCAGCACAAGAUCUGGACCAGCGACGACCACGAAACAUGGACCGGGCCUGUUGCAUAUGGCAUGUGGCCCAAUAGCACCAGACAGCGCAUGUCUGCGUUUGAGCCUUCCUCUACCCGAUACUUGCGCAUUACCACCGACGCCGACGAGGAGAACCCUUGGGUUGGUAUCUCUGAAUUGAACAUCUAUGGUACUCUGUACACUAUUCCUCGUGACCCUGCCCUUGGUGUCUGGGGACCUACUCUCGAUUUCCCCAUCGUGCCUGUCUCCGGUGCUCAGGAGGGAUCUGGCAUGCUCGCUCUUUGGUCAUCUUGGGCCGACGAUCAGUUCCACUCUACCCCGGGUGGCAAGACUGUCAUGACCCGGUGGAACCCACUGACCGGCGACGUCUCCAAGCGGACUGUCAGUGAAACCCACCAUGACAUGUUCUGCCCUGGAAUUUCCUAUGAUGGCACCGGCAUGAUGGUUGUCACCGGCGGCAACGACGCGUCCGAGACCAGUCUCUAUGAUUCUCGGCGUGAUGAGUGGAUUAGAGCAAAUGAAAUGCGUCUGCGCCGUGGCUACCAGGCGUCAACCACUCUCUCUGAUGGACGGGUCUUCGUUAUUGGAGGCUCGUGGGCCGGAGCCUCGAAUGUUGCCAAGAAUGGUGAAGUUUACGACCCUGCCACCAGGAACUGGACUAUGCUAGACGGAGCGUCCGUUAAGGAGAUGUUGACCGAAGAUAUGGAAGGUCCUUGGCGAGCGGAUAACCAUGGCUGGCUCUUUGGCUGGAAGAACCUGAGCGUCUUCCAAGCCGGCCCCAGCAAGCAGAUGAACUGGUACUCUGCCGCAAACAAUGGAAGCGUCAAGCCCGCCGGAUACCGUAUGGACGAUGACCACUCCAUGUCUGGCAACGCAAUCAUGUUCGAUGCCGUGAAGGGAAAGAUCCUCACCCUUGGAGGCUCCCCGGAUUAUGAUAAGUCUUGGGCCACCAACGCCGCCCACGUCAUUACCCUCGGUGAGCCAGGCGAGGCCCCCAAGGUUGAACUCGCCGGCGGAAAGGGAACCAUGCAUUACGAUCGGGUGUUCCACACCACUGUGGUUCUUCCUGAUGGAAAGGUCUUCAUUGCCGGUGGUCAGACAUUCGGUGUCGCCUUCAACGAGGAGAACGUCCAGUUUGUCCCAGAGAUCUACGAUCCCAAGACCGACACUUUCCAGAAGUUGCAACGGAACAACAUCGUGCGUGUAUACCACACCGUUUCAAUCCUCCUCCCCGAUGCUCGAGUGUUGAAUGCAGGCGGCGGCCUCUGCGGCAACUGCACUGCCAACCACUACGAUGGCCAGAUCUUCACUCCCCCCUACCUCCUGACUGCUAACGGCGAGCCCCGCCCUCGCCCUGAGAUUCUCUCUGGCCUGGGUCCGAAGGCUUCCGUCGGUGACACUCUGAAAUUCAAGACCUCCAGGCCGAUCAGCACUGCUUCGCUGAUCCGUCUCGGCACCGCCACCCACACCGUCAACACGGACCAGCGCCGCAUUCCCCUCGAGGUCUUCCCGACUUCAUUCUUCGGAUUUUCCUACAAGGUGGCCCUGCCAUCUGAUUCCGGUAUUCUCAUUCCCGGAUACUGGAUGCUGUUUGUCAUGGAUCGGGAGGGUGUGCCCAGCAUCGCAAAGAUCAUGAUGAUUGGCUUGAACUCUAAGACUAUUCAGUCCUCGGAAGAUGUGUUCGGUAUGACCGAGGAACAAAACUGUGAGCAUGGAUCAAUCAAGCCUUAUUGGCAAUCUUGGAUGCCGACGCUAAUUUUGCAGACAUUGGGUCGUCGUUGA